UAUAUUCUAGAAAAGCGUUAAAAGAUCCCCAGGAACGUUGCAAGAAAGUAAAUUAAAAAAAAAGUUUAAGGAGGACCUUGCGCAACUGAAUGAAUCGGAGAUAUCUUCCUUAGAAAACAUCUUAAAAGAUUCUGAAAGUUUAGAUAUUGCGGCAUCCCAUAUGGCGUCUCCACUAAAGAGCGCUGAACUUUCUCAACGGAACUCACCUACGUCAACAUGUGAAUACCCAGAAGAUUCUGAGAUUUGCAAGUCCUCUACCAUUGAGAUUUUAAGUCACACGACUCGUUCACCAACGCAACCUCCCAGUGAACGGUCAACAGAAACAGAUGUAACUCCGCUGAAUGAUGCAUCUAAUUUUGAUACAUUGGUCCCUCCUCCAACAGUGCCAGAAAUUUUUAUCGAUCCUUCGAAAAUGGCUCGCUCAAAUCCAACAGAUGAUUUGAACAAUAAUAAUCAACAUAAAAAACAUUCCAAAAAGAAGAGUUUACACCUCACCAAAAAGAAGCAUGUCCAUAAAACAAGUAAUAAACCACACUCGAAGAAGACUGUAGAAAGGGAAAACAUUAAUGUUGCUGGCUGCUUGCGAGAGCUAACUGAACUGGUUAAAAAGUUAAUAAUUGAACUUGAACAAUCGAAGCAAUCGCGUGAAAAAUUUGAGGCAUUCAUAAUGGGAUCUCUUAGUACAAUAGAGAGCAACUGGAAACAACUGCAGAGUGUUCGUACAGCAGCAGGUAAUAUUGAUGAAGACAUACGUCUCGAAGACAUCAGUAAACCUCCGCUCCCAGGAUUUAUCCGUAAAGAUGGUGAUGUAGAAAAGAUAAGCCAAAGUAUAUUGAAUUAUCAGUUUGGUUAA